AUCAUUCACACAACAACAGCUUGUAAAGUAAUAUCGACUUUCUUCAACUCAUCAACCUACCAAACCAAAUAAAAACCAAAAAUGAACGCCAUCAUGAAAAUCACAUUAGCCGCCGUUGCAGUUUUCGCGUCCGCCAUGAUGACCGCUUCUGCCAAACCAGCUGAACUCGUGCCCGCCGCCGCCAUCGCUCCAGUGGCCGUUGCUACGCCCUACGCUAGCUCGUUCACGUCUCACAGCGUGGCCCAUAGCGUAGCCACUCCGGUCGUGCCAGCCGCUCCGUACGUGGCCGCCGCUCCAUACGCCGCGGCACCAUACGUCGCAGCGCCUUACGCGGCCACACCUUACGUCGCCGCGGCACCUUACGCGGCCGCUCCUUACGUCGCUUCGCCUUACGCGGCCUCUCCUUACGGUUACUACCCAUACGCCGCUCCGGCUUACCUGUAAAGGGCGUUCCGACAACGACCACCACAAAGCAGUCUCCAUGCGACAACGGACUAGAGACGACCGCAACGACAACUGCUAAGGCUAACGCCACUGAUUCUUUUCAUUCUCAUAAUAUUUAUAUCGCAUUAUUAAUACAAAUAUCGUACAGACGAUAUAAAAUUAUAUAAUUUGUAAACAUAAAAACCGGAAAUGUCACCGUGACACGAAUGUAAUGAUAUAUCGUGCGUGUAUAUACAUGCAAAAAUAGUGAAAAAUGUAAUGUAGGUACUAUAAUAUAAUAAAAUAUGUAAAUAUAUAAUAUAUAAUA